AUGAGCUGGCGCGAUGAUCCUCGCAUUAAAAAGCUGCUGGAGAAGGCGACGCUUGAAAAUCUAUUGAAACCCUGCUUUGAACGAGUCCAUGAAAAAGAUGAGAUCCAAAAGAUGGAGAGCACCUUGAAAUAUGCUCUCGACAAGUAUGAGGAAAAUGAAGAGAGCGAAACGGAGCCGCUUACUGAUGAAUGUUUGGAUGCUCUAUGUGAAAUAACGAUGAAUCAUGGAAAAAACCACACUCCAGAGAGUCUGCUGACAUUGUCGAAGCUGUUCAUCAAAGUUGAAGAUUGGCGCCUUGCCUGUGAAGUGAUUUGGUGUAGUGCCUCACUCGCUAUCCAGGAGUUUAUCACCGAUCGUCAGCUGAAUGUCAAGCUUGACACGCAGGGUCAGAAGAGAGCCUUUACGAGGGCGCUGUCGCAUGCUUUAGGAAAUCAAUUUUCCGUUUUCGAAAUGUGCCAUUUAUCAUUCUACACGAACCGUUAUGGCGGUCACGACGCGAAUGCUGCACUCGUGGAAGCGAAGGAUUUCAUCCAAAAGCUUCGGGCGAUUAAUGGAAUGCCACAUCUGCUGAUCGCCACUACUGAGGGCACCCUGUACUGCUACCGCAUCGAGCAUGACGGCGGCGAAUGUCAUCUGGUGCGCCAGCAUCGGAUUGGUAAG